AUGCCACCUGAAGAGCGACUAGCAGUAACACUAAGGUAUCUGGCAACCGGAAACAGCUUUAACUCUUUGCAUUUCGAAUUCCUGUUAGGAGUUACAACAUUUGGAGAAAUUAUUAAAGAUACCUGUCAGCAAUUAUGGGAAGUUAUGCAACCUCUUUACAUGUCCGAAAAAUCUGAAGAGGACUGGAUAACUAUUUCCAAGGAAUUUUAUGACCGUACUAAUUUCCCGAACUGUACUGGAGCGGUUGAUGAGGAUAAAGACUUAGAUCUUCGCCAUCGUGAUCAAGAUCAGCCAACCGCUGGAAGUCAUGGCAAUUUUAGUAGCAGUAGUAAUGAAAGCGACCUUGACAGUGAUUCCGUUCCAGAUAAUGUCUAUGCAGUAGAGGACGAUAGCUUCGAUGAUAAUGCUAUCGAAAGUGAUAAAGAAAAUAGCGCAACUGAAAAUCAUCCUGAAUGA